GAGCUUUAAAACCAAAGAAGAGACUCUUGAAAACGAGAAGUUCUUGUUCUGUGAGCUGGGUGUGCAUGCAAAAGAGCAACUAGCAAUGGCAAUGGAGGACCUUAAUGAUUAUACUAUUAUCAAAGAAGGAGAGGCUGAAAUUCUUAUGUACGCCAAGAAUGAAGUGUUUUAUAACAAAACCCAGGUCAAUAAUAGGGACAUAUCCAUUGCCGUUCUGAGGGCAUUUGUGUCCAAACGCAAGCAAGAGCAUGAAGCUAUGUUGUCUAAAAGAACAUCAGAAGUGAGAGUGUCAGAAAAGGAUGCUUCUAAACCUGCUGCAGAAGGAGCUCCUAAUGAAUCUGAUAAUAAUGAAAAGCCUGAUGGAGAAACUAAAGAACCUGAAGAGAUAUCCCAAGAUGAACAUUGUGGCGCUUCAGAAGAAUUUGUCAAGACUACAGAGAGAAAAGUUCAAGGCAUAUUAAGGCCACCGAGAGUUCUUGAGGCUUUAUCAGCUUCUGGAUUAAGAUCUCUAAGAUAUGCUCGUGAAGUAGAAGGACUUGGUCAAGUUGUGGCCUUAGACAAUGAUAAAGUGUCUGUUGAAGCUUGUAGGAGAAAUAUAAAGUUCAAUGGUUCAGUGGCAUGUUCAAAAGUGGAAUCACAUCUUGCUGAUGCUCGUGUAUAUAUGCUCACCCAUCCAAGAGAAUUUGAUGUGGUUGAUCUUGAUCCUUAUGGUUCACCUUCGGUAUUUCUGGACUCUGCAGUUCAAUCUGUUGUUGAUGGAGGCAUGUUGAUGUGUACAGCAACUGAUAUGGCUGUGCUUUGCGGUAGUAGUGGAGAGGUCUGCUACUCCAAGUAUGGAUCGUAUCCACUGAGAGGGAAAUAUUGCCAUGAAAUGGCUUUGAGGAUCCUCCUAGCAUGUAUUGAGAGCCAUGCAAAUCGGUACAAGCGAUACAUUGUUCCUGUGCUCUCUGUUCAAAUGGAUUUCUAUGUUCGAGUUUUUGUGCGUGUUUACACUUCAGCAAGUGCAAUGAAGAAUACUCCCCUCAAACUGUCAUAUGUAUACCAGUGCACUGGUUGUGAUUCCUUUCAUCUCCAGCCUCUUGGCCGGACUGCCUCCAACAAGAAUAACAGUGUAAGAUAUCUACCUGGGUUUGGUCCUGCUGCUCCUCUAGUUUGCAGUGACUGUGGGAAGAAAUUCAAUAUGGGGGGACCUAUAUGGUCUGCACCCAUUCACGAUCAAGAAUGGGUAACUUCCAUUCUAGCAGAUGUGCAUUCUAUGAAGGAUCUAUAUCCUGCUUAUGAUCGCAUCUCGGCUGUACUGACUACAAUUUCAGAGGAGUUGCCUGAUGUUCCUCUCUUUCUUAGUCUGCACAACCUCUGCUCGACACUAAAAUGCACUUCUCCUUCAGCAGUAAUUUUCCGCUCUGCUGUGAUCAAUGCAGGAUAUCGUAUCUCUGGAACCCAUGUGAAUCCACUGGGGCUCAAGUCAGAUGCUCCCAUGGAUGUCACUUGGGACAUAAUGCGUUGCUGGGUCAAAAAUCAUCCAGUAAAAGCUCAAUCACCUGAUCAGCCAGGGAGCGUGAUACUUGCCAAAGAACCAGUUCUUCAGGCCAACUUUGCGAGAGCAGUUGCAUCGCUUAGCAAGGCACAGGCCAAGAAAGUUGCUCGCUUCCUUCCAAAUCCUGAAAGGCACUGGGGCCCUAAGCUCAGAGCUGGCCGUCAAAUUACAAGCAAGCACAUCUCUCUUCUGGGUGCAGAGGUAGUAACUGGACAUCUGAACCAUGAAGACAGUGAAGAGCCUGACACCAAGCGCCAGAAGACUGAGGAUCCGAUCGGAAGUUCAUGAAGUUAUUUCAUGUCAGUGAAGUCACUCAACCUGAACUGGCCCAGAUCUCACUUCAGCAUCCACUGUAGUCUAAGAUUUAUUCAUCUGCUUUCAUUUGAGAGAGAGAGAGAGAGAGAAUUCAUCCUGCAACCCCUGAGGAGUUCACAUCAAAUAACCAUGCAGAAUCCGUUUCUGAAUUUGAGCAACUCUCUAGUGAAUCCAGAGGCAAAAUUUUGGCAGUUUCGAGUUGUGAUUGGAAUAUGUAACGUAAGAGUUUAUUGAAUUUAAAAUGUAAUAAGAUUUUAUUUAUUUUAAGUGAAUAAUUUGUCCACUAUUAUCACUGAUUA